UAAAGACGUAACGUCACAAAUCGAAUGUUUGAAAGAGGGAAAAUCUACGGUAAUAUAAUUAUGUUGAUUCCUUGUUGCUACGUACGCUAUCACGUUCAUCACAUAACUUCUUCAAGAAUUGAAGGAUGGAAGGAAUACUGCCCUACAGAAGUAGCGAGUUUGAGGUAAACCCACGCAUCUACCAGCCAUGGCGAGACACGGAGGAAAUCGAGAACAUGAUGAUACAAAAGAUGGUGGACCAAACUUUAAUGUCCGUGCUAUCUACAGUGAGCGAGGAAGUGUCCAUGGAUAAAAGUCGAUCAAAGCCAGUUAAGAUGGUCAUCAGAAAUGUUCAAUACGCGCCAUCUAGCGGCACAAGUCCUUUGAAGCCCUCCACCAAGAACAAGAAAGAAAGGCGACCAAAAAAAGGCAGACGAGAGGAAGCAGGAUCUGACGUCACUGUCAAUGAACCAAUGAUUUCAGUCCCAGCCUCAAAAUUCAAGUCUAUGGUACUGAGCGAGGUGGAGUCUAGAGCCACGCGGGUACACGACUACUACAGCUACCAGUGGAACGACUUACAGAGAGACAGGCUCCAAUUGUACGGCGACUUCAUCAGGCUCUCCGAGCGAGACAGAAGGCUUGAGGCACAGAUGGACCUCGCCAUCGCAGAGAUUCAUUGCCUGCAGAAUGAAAACGAGAAACUCAAGAUAGAGCUUGAUGACAUUAAGAAUGCAAAGAAAAAGAAAAGAAAAGAUGCUAGGCUCCGACGAAACAAAGACAAAGAGCAGGAUAGACAAGCUGAUUCUGCAGAGAAAAAUGGCGAUACACAGGAAAGGAAAAUGUCUAAAGAGGAGGAAAAGGAUGAAAUGGCAAAGGAUGGAAAUAAAAAAGCCAGGAAAGGCAAGCAUGGCAAGACGGAGAACACAGAAACAACCGCAGACGCUCUUCAAACCGAAUCUAAUAGAACAGCAGGUUCUAAGAUAUUGAGGGAUAAAUCUAUGUUAAACAAAUUGCUUGAUCUCCAAAAAGAAGCGACCUCAAAUCCGCUGACCAGAGAAAUGGGUACGGGUGACGACGGCCACGAUGAAGACGGCUGCGUUACAGCAACAAGUAUAGUAGAACUGAACUUCAGGUCAAAAGGCGUGGCCCUAAAAUCAAACGUCUUGGACAAGAAAUCAAAGGAAGUGGACAAAUCAGAGGACUACGAAGGUUUAGAUUCAGGAGAACCAGCUGAGUCGGCCAAUGACGUCAGCAAGUCAGGCGUGAAGAAACAGGGGGUUGGAGUUGAAGAUGAACUAAGAUAGGCAGUGUAUUGAACUAUGUCAGGAAGAAAGAUGGCUACUGUCUCAGAUUAAUUUUUCUAUGAGAACCAACUAUUGUAAAAAGUGUAAAUAACAUAUCAGUCGUAAAUUAAACAUAUCCAUUAGAUCAUACAGGUACAAUGAAAAUGUUAAUUCAAUAU